AUGCUUGUCUUUCAGUUGAAUCAUCGUCGUAAUAUAUUUAAACAAAUUUUAUCGAUUAUUUUAUUUAUAUUAUUCCGAUGGAAAAAACGUAUUCAUAUUUACGUUCUUGCGAUUCUUUUAUUCGCAGCUACUUAUCUAUCUUAUAGACAACGAUUUGGUCUUCUAUUUCAAUCUUCAUCAAUUGAAACUGUUCGUAAUAAUUUAUUAAAUCAACAUAAACAAGAACAAAAGGUUGCUAUCGAAUGGAUUGAAAAUGUAUUAAAAAAUCCUCAACAUUAUCCUAAUCUUGUUUCAAAUCAAACUCAACAAUCAACAUUUUAUGAUUACCUGCAAAUGCGUAAUCAUCUCUCAUCAUCAUUAUAUACAUUACUUAAUAAAACUAAAACGAUACCAUUAAUGAAACAUGAUCAUAUUGUAGUAUCAAUCUUAUAUAGUAAACAAGAUAGUGAUUAUCGAGAAGGAAAAUUCUAUGUUGGUCAAAUACUUUAUCGUUUAUUGAAAAAUCAUCAUUCACGUUUUAUAAUAACAUUAUGCGAAAAUAAUAAUACAAAUGAUCAAAUAUCAGAUGGCAUUCAACUUAUUCGACGUUUAUUACCAGUUUUUAUUGUAAAUAGUAAAUCAGAAUCUCUUAAUGUAUAUGAACGAGAAAAACAAGCAUAUUUACAAUGUAUUUUAGCAAAUUUUCAAUCGUUCCCAAAUGCAAAUUAUCUUUUACUAUUACAAGAUGAUGCCGAACCAAAUAGUGACAAUUUUUAUAAUGAAUUAUUAUCAUUAAUUGAUAAUCGUAUUCAACAACAAUGGCCAUUAGAUGGUCAAAGAAAACAACCGGCUUUUAUUAAAAUUUAUCAUCCAAGAUGGUUAAUUGGAUAUUUGCAUCCAUCAAUUUAUAUUAUCAUUCAAUUAUUUGCAACAAGUCUUUUUCUCACAUUAUUUUUCUUUUUUCUAUUUUAUUUAUAUGAAACUAUGAUGCAAAACAAACAAAAUAUAUAUCAAAUACAAUCGCAAUAUUACUCUAGAUCAUCCAUAAGCAAUUAUAUUUUCUGGUCUAAUCUAAUUUCAAAUAAUGGAAAACUAUUAUAUUUUAUUUUUUAUUUUUUUCUGAUUACUUUUGUGCUUAUCUUACUCGAUCAUUCUAAUGUUUCAUGGACGUGGCGUUCAUUGCAUCCAACAUUUUAUGCAAUUUAUCCGGCACCUUCCUGUUGUUUACCUGGUGUGAUCCAUUUUCGACAAACUUAUACUCAAGUUAUUGAAUAUUUAAAUAGUAUUGAAUGCAAUAAAAACUAUGCUAUAGAUACAGCUUUUGAUGAUUUACCGAAACGUACAAAUCUUCAAACAUAUCUUGUAGAACCGAAUUUAGUUCAUCAUAUUGGAUUAUACUCAAGACUUCGAAAAAUGUAUAUUAAUCCAUAUUUACUUGAUUAA